AUGGCAGCAAAGAAAGCCACCAAUACCAAGCCGAAACCAGGCACCAUCUCCUACAAGAAGUCCAAGUCGACAACGACAAAGGUCACUGUUGCUACAACAGCGGAGGCGGAAGACACCAUCGAAGUCAACGUCGAUUCGACCACCUACGAAGUAACCACACUCACUGCCUGGCUGUCUGAUCUGUCUCCGAAGCGCAAAGCUGAGGACGAUGCCGACGGCGAAUACCAGGAAGUCAGCCCUUCGAAGAAGAGCAAAGUCGAUGUCGUCGUCAGCGGUCCUAGCUUGUCCACACGAGGACAGACUCGGGUUGUGAAGAAUCUUCUCCUCGAAGGUGUUCCGGGUACCGACAAGAUUCACAACGCGAAGGCUCCUCCGAAGCCAACAGCUAAGCUGAAGGCUCCUCGAAAGUAUCCGAAGGCUGGCGUAAAGUCUUCCGCUAAGCAAGGCGCUGCUGCUGCUCGAGGUCCCAUGAACAGCCACGUCGCCAACACGUUCCGCAUCAAGCUCUCGAUCGAUCUAGAAAAGCUCGGCAAAACUCGUCCUGCGCUAUACAACUGGUACGAAUCGCUGAAGCCUGCUCCUGUCGAGAAGCUUGCUCGUGUGACCAGCGCUGAUCGCCACUUCUGGGACCACUUCCACUACAAGGUGAAGUUCGGCGAAAGUCCAUGGCCAAGUCUUCUCAGUCCAACCUAUGACCAGUCCUACGAAGUCUUCAAUAUCCUGGUCGACUGGUUGCACAAAGAGCACAAGAUCUUCGUAGAUAAGGAUGGAAGCUCAUCCGCAGGUGAGAAUCGAACGAACACCGACGACCGUACGAUCGAUGUUAUAGUCCGCACCAUCAUGGCGCAAGGCACUACCAACGAACUCGCUCUGACCGCUCAGCAAGAAAUGCGAGUGGCUUAUCCAUACUCCGUCAACGGUCAAAAUGUUGUAGGUAGUGUUCCCAACUACCACCUGAUGCGCGUCCAAGGAGAGGCAAGGCUUCGUGGGGUUAUAGAUUUGGCUGGCUUUGGCAACAAGAGACCAGCAUUCAUCAUGGCAACCCUGGACACCAUCUACGAACGCAACAUCGCCAAUGUCAAGGCUCAUAACAACUGCGAAAUCCCGCCGAAUACAGAGAUGGGCCAGCCAGCCAAUGUCGGCUACUUCGUUCCUGGCAUGCUCUCCAUCGAGGAGCUCAUCAGCAUGGACAAGAUCGACGUGCACAACCUCCUUCUGAGCAUUCCCGGCAUUGGCGUCAAGACUGCGCACUGCGUCAUGGCGUUCAACCUUGGCAUAGACAUCAAUGCUGUGGACACCCACGUCAUGAAGGCCGCACGGAAUCUCAACUGGCUUGCCGAUCACAUCAAGACCGAGAUCAAGGCGUUCAAUCACCUGGACGGUCGGCUUCCUCCGGGCUACAAGCGUGGCAUCCACCAAGUUCUCUGGCAUCACGGCGUGCUGUGCAAGCGAUGCAAGCGCAACGCUGCCAAAGACGAUGUUCGAGAAGGCGAGCCGGCGUGUCCGAUUGAGCACCUCGUCACCCGCCGCGAUACGAAAGAAGCCAGCCAGAGUUCUCCCCGACAACGCAAGAAGUCCGAGUCUCCCAAGGCCAAGGUUGUCAAGGUCAAAGGAAAGAAGGUCUACUUGGAGUUUGACGCGUUCGCUAGUUCAGAGGAGGCUGCUGCUGCUGGCUAUGCGGCCUUCGAUGUUCCGAUCGACGACGAUUUUGAUUCCGGCUCCGCCAACACCCGUAUCUGGAAGCGCUGGCGCUUGAUCAAGGCUGAGGAGGUGGUGGAAGAGGAGGUCGAGGAAGUCGAUGAGGAGGAGGAAACGGAAGAGGAGUCUGAUAUUGUUGGUGGGGAGGAUUAG